AUGGGUAAGAAAAUUUUAGAAGAAACGAUAAAAGCUAAGAAAGCGAAAGCAAACCCCAGUAAAAUUUACAAAAAAAGAACAGCAAGAGUAAAAAAUAAGGAAGAUUCUGAAAUAACAAUAUUUACAGCACAGCAACAAGAACAUCAUCCAGGCCCUUCAGGCAUAAGAAAUAAGAAGAAACGAAAACGCCAGCUUUCACUUGACAGCAUAACUAGUGUAUCCGACAUUAUGAGCGAACAUAGUGCUUCUGAUACUAUUGAAUGUGUUGAUUUUGAAUAA